AUGGCGGCGCAUUUUAAAAGAUCGGUGCUUAUCUGCGGAGGACUCUUUGUGCAGAUUUGUUUGUUUUCUCCUUCUGCAGCAGACGUACCAUAUAAUAGACAAUUAGGAGAUGGUUUUCUUAGUAAAUUACCUCCUGAGUCACCACCACAAGAAGAGGCUUUUCCUGUAGAGGAAGGAGUUGCUACAACAGCAGCAACAACUCCUGCUGCUGAAGAAGCAUCAACAACAGCUGAUGGUGAUACAGCUGCAGCAGCAGCAACAGCAGCAGCAGCAGCAGAUGAUGAUGAAGAAGAGGACGAGGAUAAUGCAACAGCAAUAGAGGAUACAUCAGCAUAUGAUACAUCAGUAGAGGAUACAUCAUCAGAGGAUACAUCAGCAGCAGCAGCAGCAGCAGCAACAGAUGAUGAAGAAUCUCCUGCUGCUUCUGAGGAUCUAGAUACAGAUGGUGUUUCUUAUGAUGUUGUUGAUACAGAGUUCCCUAUACGGCCACCAGUAUCAGCAGCAGCAGCAGCAGUACCAGCAGCAGAAGAAGAAGCACGUACACCAGCAGAACAAGCAGCAGCACAAGUUGCUGCUGCUGCUGCUGAUGCAGCAGCAGCAGCAGCAGAAGAAGAAGAAGAGCUACCUUCUGGUGAUUCUUCUAGUGAUGAUGAUGAUGAUGAUUCUCCUCUAUUAGGAAAUCUCUUUGAUGAAGAAGAGGAGGAAGAAGAAAAAGAAGAAAAAAAAGAAGAAAAAGAAGAAAUAAAGGAAGAAAAUAGAGAAGAACAAGAACAAGAAGAACAAGAAAGAAGAGAAAGAGAGGAAGAAGAAGAAAGAGAAGAAAGAGAAGAAGUAAUAGAGGAGGAGGAGGAAGAAGGAGAAGAAGAAGAGGAGGAAGAAGGAGACGAAGAAGAAAUAGUACGAAGAUUAUCUUCUCUUGAGGAUGAAUCUCUAGAAGAGGGAGAAGAAGAGGAAUCUGCUGCUGCAGCUAAGCGCAGCAGCAGCAGCAGCAGCAGCAGCAAGAGGAGGACUAGGGAGGAGGAAAUAGCUGCUAUUAAUAUAUUAGCGGAUUUAUUAGGUAAGGAGGUAAUGAAUACACUGCAGCAAGGAGGAGGAAAAGAAGAAGAAAAAGAAGACUGGCAAAGAGCAGCAGAACUCCUUAAGGAUGCAUUUACUAUAAGAGGAGACGAGGAGGAGGAGCAGCAGCAGAAGGGAGAGCAGCAGCAGCAGCAGCAGCAGCAGCAGCAGCGAGAGAAGGAGGAGGAGGGAUUGAAUCUAUUUAAGAGAGUAGAGAGCCUUAUUAAGGAAGUACAGCAGCAAACAAAGACAGGAGGAGCAGAUCCAUCUCUUGAUGCUGCUGCUGCUGCGCUCCUGUCCUCUCCUGCUGCUGCUGCUGCAUUCCCUUCUCUGCUGCAGGACUUCUUAGGUAUAAUCAGCAACAGCAGCAGCACACAGCAGCAGCAGCUAAUUGAUUUUGCUAAGGAUGCACUAAGCGCAUUAGAGGGUACAGGUGCAGCGCAUGCAGCAGUAGGAUCAUCAAGAGGAGGCCGUUCAGCAGCAGCAGCAGCAGCAGCAGCAGCAGCAGCAGCAAAUAGACAAGAAUAUAACGAGAAAAAAAGGAAGACAAAAUUAUCUGCAGAAGAAGUACGUCAGGCAUUAACAGAGUUUGUUAAUAAUAUUAGCGAUAUGCUGCUGCAUGCAGCACAAGUAGGAGAAGGGGAGGCUGCAGCUGCUGCAGCUGCUGCAGCAGGACAAUCUAAGCAGCAGCAAAGAGCAGCAGCAGCAGCAGCAGAGGAGACAGCAGAGCAACUAAAGGAAUAUUUUGUUAAGACUAUGCAAGAAGCUGCACGUACACUGCAAGCAACAAACCCUGAUGUUAUUGAUCUUUUUGCUAGAUUUUAUUAUAUUAUUAAGGAACAAGCUAAUUAA